AUGCUGAGAGCUGAACUGUCACGCACCUGUCAAGCCAUCAAGGACGACACUGACCCCGUUGCCUUGCCAACAUCAAAAGGAUCGGAGCGACAAAGCGAGGGUGAUUCACCGAAUUUCUUCCCCCUUACAGUAAAAAUAGGUCACACUUUGGCCAUUGUGUAUCAGCGCUACCGUACACCUCCUACGUGGGCGGCUCAAGCAGAACAGAAAUGGCGGCAGCAUAACAGAAGUGAAGUGUAUCUUACCAAGCGAUGCAACAUUGAAGUUGUGACAGAUAACAUUAAGUCAUCCACCAAUCAGAAGCAAUCUGGAGGUCAGACAGCCAAUCAGAUUAUUGCUGAAGAGGAGGAAGAGAUUGAUAUAGAGGGGAGUGAUGUCGCGUGCCUGACAACAGGGCCUCCAUCACCAUCAUCAUCAUCAUCAUCAUCAUCAUCUUCUGUCUGCCAGUUUGAGUACCACAUCGUCUACAGUGCCAGCUAUGGGGUGCCAGUCCUGUACUUCAAUGCAUAUACACAAGACGGGAGACUCUUGUCACUGGACGCUGUGUGGAACAACGUCCCCCAACACUACCAGGACAGAUUUCAUCAUGAACGGUGGACAAUCUUAACACAGCAGGAACACCCAAUCUUGGGCCGACCCUUCUUCCAGCUCCAUCCGUGUCAUACUGCCGACCUCAUGAGUAAACUGGAUCCACACAGCUGUUCAAGGAAUUACCUCCUUAGCUGGUUAAGUGCUGUUGGGCCAGUAGUAGGACUGAAGAUUCCCUUGUCCUAUGUCACAAGUUGAACACCAUGAAGGAAGACAGCUGGCUUGUCCUACAUCACAAGUUGAACACCAUAAGGGAAGACAGCUUGCUUGUCCUACAUCACAAGUUGAACACCAUGAAGGAAGACAGCUGACUUGUCCUACAUCACAAGUUGAACACCAUGAAGGAAGACACCUGGCUUGUCCUACAUCACAAGUUGAACACCAUGAAGGAAGACAGCUGACUUGUCCUAUGUCACAAGUUGAACACCAUGAAGGAAGACAGCUGGCUUGUCCUAUGUCACAAGUUGAACACCAUGAAGGAAGACAGCUGACUUGUCCUACAUCACAAGUUGAACACCAUGAAGGAAGACAGCUGGCUUGUCCUACAUC